AUGGAGGAACUCAUUCCAGGCACUCUUCGGCUCUAUGACGAGCAUGGCCACCCGCUCGUCACUGAAGGGACAGGCCUAAAGAAGCAUGGCGACAUUGUGCUUGUGCCUCAGCCAACCGACUCGCCGAAUGAUCCUCUUCAUUGGUCUCUACCACGAAAGAUUUGGCACAGUGUCCUGGUCUGCUUUGUCACGGCGCUGACAGCGGCGACCUCCAACGAUGCAGGUGCAGCGCAAAACAACGAGAACUUGGAAUUGGGCAUCAGCUAUGCCUCCUUCAACACAGGCGCUGGUAUCCUUUUCGCCGCCAUUGGAUACUGGUGUCUUUUGUCGUCUCCUCUGGUCUACCUGUACGGCCGUCGGAUUCUCUAUCUCAUCUGCAUGUUGUUUGGCUUGAUUGGUGGCAUCUGGUUUGCCAGAGGGCAGACUACCAGCGAUGCCGUCUGGAAUCAGUUGUUUGUCGGCGCAUCUGAGUCAGUGUGUGAAGCAACUGUCCAAUUGUCGCUGAUGGACCUGUGGUUCCAGCACCAACGUGGUUCAGUUCUCGGUGUAUACGUCCUAGCAACGAGUGUCGGAACGUACCUCGGCCCGCUGAUUGCAAGCUACAUCGCCGACGGCAACCUGGGUUGGCGGUGGAUUGGCUAUUUUGGGGCCAUCUUUUCGGGUGCAACAUUCAUCGUCUUUCUCUUCGGCUUGGAAGAAACCGCCUUUCAACGACCCAAAUACUUGAUCAACGGAGGAGAGCGGUACCUAAUUGAUGGAGUCAACAGAACCGCGAGCGACAACUCUGGAGAGAAUCAGGCAGAACCAAGCAAGGAAAAGAAUGCUGCCAGUUCCGACCAAACUCCUUCCAGUUUGGAGCAUUCCAAUGGCGCAGAUGAUAGACCAAAGUCUUAUUGGGAACGGCAUCGGAUAAUCACGCCUGCACCUAACCUCAAAGGCACCGGCUUCAAGCAAUACUUCCAGCGUCUAUGGCACAUUCUCGGGGUUUUUGGCUUUCCCGCCGUGUGGUACUCGGGGUUACAAUGGGGGGCCCAAGAUGCGUGGCUCACGUUCUACUUGACUGUAUCGGAAGACGAAUGGUUCAAACCGCCCUGGAACUAUUCUGACGCUGCAGACGGAAACAUGAACAUUCCCUGCUUGAUCGGAGCAGUCAUUGGCUGUUUCUACGGUGGAUGGGCCAGUGACAAGUUUGUGAUGUGGAUGGCCAAACGCAACGGCGGUAUCAUGGAAGCUGAGCAACGGUUGUGGCUACUAUUCCCUACCGCCUGCAUUUUCCCUGUUGGCCUCUGGCUCUUCGGUAUAGGCACAGCUCACGGAUGGGCCUGGCCGGCGCCUUAUGUCGGCCUUGGAUUCAUCGGGUUUGGUUGGGGCUGCGCUGGUGAUUUGAGCAUGGCGUAUCUCAUGGACGCCUAUCCUGAGAUGGUGUUGGAAGGCAUGGUGGGUGUGGCGACCAUCAACAACUCCAUCGCUUUGAUCUUUACUUUUACUGCCUCGGACUGGAUUAAAGCCAGUGGCGUGCAGAACACUUUCAUUGCGAUUGGUGUUUUAGCGUUUGUCUUCUUGAUGACCACGCUGCCCAUGAUCAUUUGGGGCAAGAGGGCUCGACGCUGGACGCGAGGCCGAUAUCAGAGAUUCUUGGAGAUUCGAGAUGGAUUUGAAUGACUUGGAUAUCUACUGAAAUGGUAUAUAUUGGUUGAUAUUGAGGCAGAUCUUGAGACAAUUUGGGGCAUUCUCUUCUUGAUGAUGAUGACGAUGAAGGUGGACCUUAAGCGGGAUGUAGCUGGUUAUGUAGCAUUUUCGAAUGUGAAAGAUUGCAG